UCCCUCUUUUUCUCUGAAUUUUUUUUAAUGAAAGCCUUUUGUCUGUUCCUUCUGCAGAAAGGCCAAGGCGAGAGCGUAGGCAACGCACAAGAUUUCUCUCCAAACAACUCACAGCAUUGAGAGAAGUGCUUGCAAAGACCAUGCACCCAAGUUUGGUUACCAUGGGGAAACUGGCUUCAGUGCUACAACUUGAUCUAUCCGUAGUAAAGAUUUGGUUCAAGAACCAACGCGCCAAAUGGAAGAGGCAGCAGCGGCAGCGAAUGCAGCCAUGGCCAUCACUGGGACCAUCAAACCAGACCCUUUCAGUGAAGGAGGAGGAGACUCCCUCAGCUAUAACUACUGCAAACAUUCGUCCAGUAAGUCCCGGAAUCUCUGAUGCAAAUGACCAUGAUCUCCAUGAGCCUUCUGAUAUCAAGAAUCCUGGAGGAGCCGGCGCCUCUGUGAGGGAUUCAUCCUGGGACUCUCAGGCACAUGACGUUGAACAGAUAUGUCUGGGGGUUUCAAAUCCUCCUUGGGCCUCCACUGUCUGUGAAAUAGAUGAAUUUGUAAAGAUCUACGACUUGCCAGGGGAAGAUGACACCAGCAGCCUAAAUCAGUAUCUUUUUCCAGUAUGCCUUGAGUAUGACCAGCUCCAAUCUUCAGCAUAACUUCUUACACAUAGCUUCUAGGGGAGGUCUGUGAUGUGAUCCACUGAAACAUAUUUCCAAACAUCUUUAAUGGGUUGAGCCCAGUCUAAGUAGAUCCAGGGCUGGGAAUUUAUCUUUUUCUGUUAAAAAAAAAAAAAAAAAACCAACAAUAAAGGACCUCCCCUACCUUUCAUCACUGCCUGCAUUUUCUGAACUCCAUUUGAGUGCCUUCUCACCCAAAUUUCAGCAUUAAAGAGUGUCAUCGGAGAAGGGACGCCAGGAACACAUAGGAGGUUCCUGACUCUGAUGCGCUGAAUAAACAUCUAUGCCUGGAUCAUUUGUCUCUGGAAGAAAGUCAGAAGUGAGUUGGGAGACUCUUACACACCAGGCAACUAAGAAAAUGUCUCAUCAGGCCAGGCGCGGGGGCUCACGCUUGU